AUGACGAAACGCAAACCGACGCAGUACAACGCCGAGAACGCGAACGAUGCUGAAAUUCAGCGGCUCACUGAUGAGAUUACCAUCCUGAAAGCUCAACUCGCGGCCAAGUCAAUCCACGACCAGUGGUGCCCACAAUACAAGAAAGCGACCACAUCCCCCACCACAGGCCAGCCUAUCAGGCCAGAGUCUGGUCCGCCACGACUGCAGCCCUACUCAGACCCUCCCAAAGGAUGGGUACCUACGGUACUCAUCGACUCUCCGUUGCGUAAGGCAAGAGAAAAGAAACACAAAGCAAAACAGGAGAUGGUGAAAAACUUCGCCGGAACUGAGUUACCACGGGCAACAUGCCCUAAAGAAAAGGAAUGGAACGAAGAUAACUUUCGGGCAGCAAUCCAGCACUGGGACUUUGAUUGGUUCAGGAAGAAUAGGAAUACACCCGAAGCCAGCGACGAAGCAGAAGCUGCACUGUACGAUUUGAACAGCGGUUCAUACGAUGGUUGGGAGGAAAGGGAGAGAGAGCGUCGUGUGGCAGGGGCAGUAUUUGGCGGAAUGAUGAGGAUGAUGAUGGAAUAUAGGUAUUUCAGGUUUGGCCAUCCUGAUCAGUUUAGAAGUCCACCUGGUACCCCCGGGACGAUAACGCUUUACCGCAACCGGAGCUCGCAGGAACUUCCGGCGUGGUUUCUGUCGCACGGAUUCAAGAUCGAGGAUGACACCGUUUUUAUUGAGGGAAGUGAGGAGGAACUGGAGAAGCAUCGAAAGCGUUGUUCGCGGGGUUAA